AUGCGUCUACCGCCUUACCCUAGCUUCGGAUGUCGCGGUCUUUUGGCGGUGACAACAGUUGCCAAGUGUAUUGGUCUGGACUGGACUAGCACAAAUAAUCCUAGGUCCUUACUGUGCUGUCGCAUGUGUGGCUGGAACUGGGCACGACAUUACGGCGUAGGAAUAGAGAAGUUCCUUGGUAGCUACCAUGGUUCGAUGUCUAACACAGCGCCGAUUCAAGUCCGUUCUAAGCCUUUGUCAAGUCUAGACCCAACGAUUCUCAUGGAUCUUUUGGAGCACUACUCUGUUCUGGAUCUGGAAAUGACUUCCUGCAUAGAUAUCCAAGAUGAGGCGGUCGAUAAACUAGCGUAA